GAAGAAAGAAUGGAUGUGGUUUCAGAGAAGUGCAAAGAGAGUGUGUACUCCUGGAACAGAACUGCGGAGAAGAGUGAUUACGAGGCCGUGGAGGCGCUCAUGACCAUGAGCUGCAGCUGGAAGUCCGACUUUAAGAAAUACCUGGAAAACAGACCCGUCACGCCAGCGUCAGACACGUCGGAGGAGGAGGGCCUGCUGCCCGGGACGCCCGACUUCCACGCGAUCCCCACGUUUUGUCUGACUCCGCCCUACAGCCCCUCGGAUUUUGAACCGUCUCAAGUGUCAAGUCUGAUGGCACCAGCACCAUCUGCUGGACAUUUCAAGUCACUGUCAGACCCUGCGAAGCCCCACACCGCAGCACCUUUCACAGAGGAGAAGAGCCCCCGGCCCGCCCCCAGACUUCCCAAGGCUCAGGCCACGAGUGUGAUCCGGCACACAGCCGAUGCCCAGCCCUGCAGCCACCGAGCCUGCCCUGUGAAGGCCGCUGGCGCCCUCAGCUGCCCGGACGGCUCUUUCCAGCGAAGGCCCCCCUCGAAUGUCGAGGUCGCGAGGAAGCACGUGCCCUGCGCAGCAGUGUCGCCCAGCAGGGCCAAGCGUGAGCGGGAUGUGCUGGCAGUUGCCAGUGACCAGGCGGGCACGGCCCACCACGACUCCCCCGUGCCUUCCUUGGACGCUGUCCUCCCCAGGGGCUGGCCCGGCCCCUCCUCCCCACAGCGCCCGGCAGUGGCCUCGCCGCCCGCGGUGCCCAGCCUGGGGGGAUCCCCGCCGCUGCCCGUCAUCUGCCAGAUGGUCCCCCUGCCUGCGCACAGCCCUGUCGUGACCACUGUCGUCCCCAGCGCCCCACCCAGCCAGCCGCCUGCCGUCUGCCCGCCGGUGCUGUUCAUGGGUGCCCAGGUGCCCAAGGGUGCCGUCAUGUUCGUGGUGCCCCAGCCAGUGGUGCAGAACCCGAAGCCGGCCCUGAGCCCACAUGGCACCAGACUGUCCCCCAUCGCCCCCGCGCCCGGGCUCACCCCCUCUGCGGCCAAGGCCACGCCGCAGGUGGACUCCUCCCGGAUCCGGAGCCACAUCUGCAGCCACCCGGGCUGCGGCAAGACCUACUUCAAAAGCUCCCAUCUGAAGGCCCACAUGAGGACACACACAGGAGAGAAGCCGUUCAGCUGCAGCUGGAAGGGCUGUGAGCGCAGGUUCGCGCGCUCCGACGAGCUGUCCCGGCACCGGCGCACGCACACCGGCGAGAAGAAGUUCGCCUGCCCCAUGUGCGAGCGGCGCUUCAUGCGCAGCGACCACCUGACCAAGCACGCCCGGCGCCACCUGUCCGCCAAGAAGCUCCCGAACUGGCAGAUGGAGGUGAGCAAGCUCAGCGACACCACCCUGCCCCCGGCGCCCGCGCCCGCACAGUGACCCUCGGCACCGUGGAGUCACAACUCACUUUGUCACAGGCAGAGCCAGAGGGGCGCCAGGGCUUCCGCUCUGAGUGGCCCCCGUGGGGGCUGGGAGCAGGGGCCCAGCCUGGGCAGCGGCAGGAAGGGCUGAGGCCGCCUGCAGGUCCCACUGCAGUUGUCACUGCUGUCACACGAAGACCGGAAGGCUCUUGCUCCUUUGAGCAGUCGUCGGGGUCUCCAGGGGAGGACGGUGCAGCUUAGAAUCAACAAGUGAAUUUGUCACUUCCCCGUGGCCUUGACACCCAAAACUGGCGUUUCAACGUGCUCCUUCUGAGCCGGUUCCAGAGCAGGCCGAGGUCCGUGCUGCGGUACAGAGACGAGCUCGGGUCAGCCGCGUCGGCGCUCGCACACCGCCAGGGUUUGUGAUCUCGUUCGCCGCCCAGCCAUUGCUGCGCCCCGUGCAGGGGUCCAGGUGCUGACCACGCAGGGCGGCGUCACGCGGCUCCUCGAGGUGGAAGAGGCCCGGAGCACCAGGAGCCUCGGGCACUGAAUUGCUUUGAAGUGGAGCCACAGUUCCGUUGCAUUAUUGUUUUGAACGUUUAACAGAUGACUCUAUUUAGGCAUUUUAUUCUGCUUUCAACUUUAGUUUGCCUGCAGUUCUUGCGUAGACCUGAAAAUUGUAUCCCAGUGUGUUUUCUGUAGACUCUCAGAUACAUUGCACUUUGUUUAGGAAAAAAAAAAUCUGAAGAUAAUUGCAUAUUGUAAAGAAGGGGUGUCAAGAAUUUCAGGUGACUCCUUGAAGAUGGAGCGUUCGUCAAGAGCAGAGACGGAUGUGAGGAGUGUCACCGAAUUAGAAACGUAGUGAGCAUUAAGUACCCCGGGCAGACAAAGGCUCUGCUGACGCUAAUGCGUAGGAGUUUCUCAGGAGGCCAAAGGAGCGAGUUAGAGCAUUUGUAGAACAUUCGAUUUUGUUUGCAGUAUUUCUGUUAUAUUUUGUGGUAUAGUGGGUGAUCUACAUGGGGGGGGGGGAGAAAAGUCAAUUGUUUGAAAUAUACCGUGAAAAGUGUCACUAUCUGCACAUUUAAAAUGUUGUCUAUAUUUUUGAGUAUAGGUUUCUGACAUUAAAACUUGGACCCUUGGAAGAAUUUUCUGUUAAUUAAAAAACAAUCCUCAUGACAGUUUGCACAAUAUUUCUUUUGUUGUACUUGUUGUUUACAAUAAAGAAUUUUCUUUGCUAUAGGCA